GCCGCGUUCGCUCCACCGCUCAGACAUCUAUCCGCUGUGUUUCUGUGUGGGGCGUUAAAGCUCAGCUCUCUCUCUACCCACCACCAGCUACCAGCAGCUCCACAAAUGGACUGACUUUCUAGCUUCAUGACAUAAAUCCACUCUGUGUUCCUCCUCCACUCCUCCUCGGGAUAAAUAAACUCCAAUCCUGGGAUCAUCAUUUUAACCGUCAAGUUGUUCGUUUGUUCGCCUGAGCGACACACAAACACACUGAUUUUUCUCUUUUUUCCGCUCCGUUCGCUCGACUUAUUAGUAUCCGUUCCUCGGAUUCAACUUAAACGAACCCGCAGACAUUUUGUUAUUUCUGAGAAUUUACACCGUUUUUUACUUUUUCAUGUCGCAGCUUGAAGCUUGAAGCGAGUGAACUGAAAAGCAUAAACGGGGGAAAAGAAGGAAGGAAGAAGAAGGAAACCAUUAUUACCCGUGUGUGUGUGUUCGCUAGCUAACCGCUAACACCGCGCAGUGUGUUUUAAUUUACAUGCGUUUGCCGCUGGUGCGUUACAGGCGGAAGGAAGGCUUCACAAACUGCGAUGGAUCAUUUUGACUGACAGCUUUUUGAAGAAUUAGCUGCUUUAUCCGGCGAGGAACUGGUGGUUUCCUGCUCACAGACACAGUAAAACACGGGGGGUGUGGAGAAGAAGACAAGACACCGACUCUUUUACCUCUUCAACGACGGCAAAGUGCACCACUUGUAUCGGCUUCAUUAGAGGAGGGGGUCGCUACUAGCUACCGUUAGCUAGCCGUCAGUGCUAACGCUGGACAGCUCCUGUGUCUGUGUGUAGCUGGGCUAGCUGUUGGACAAAGGACUAACGCAAAGGAAACAUAUAAACAACAGGAGCACUCAGUUGAUCGUGUUUGGUGGAAGGAAAGCAACAAAACAAGGAAUUGACAUGAUGUUUCCACAAUCAAGACACUCAGCUUCAUCGCAGCAGCUGAAAUUCACAACCUCUGACUCCUGUGACAGGAUCAAGGAUGAGUUCCAGUUCCUCCAAGCACAAUACCACAGUUUGAAGCUCGAGUGUGACAAGUUGGCCAGUGAGAAGUCGGAGAUGCAGCGCCAUUAUAUCAUGUACUAUGAGAUGUCCUACGGGCUCAAUAUUGAGAUGCACAAACAGGCUGAGAUAGUGAAGAGAUUGAACGGGAUCUGUGCACAAGUCCUCCCCUACCUGUCUCAGGAGCACCAGCAGCAGGUCCUGGCAGCCAUAGAGAGGGCCAAGCAGGUCACCCCCCCAGAGAUGAACUCCAUCAUAAGGCAGCAGCUCCAGGCUCACCAGCUGUCUCAGCUCCAGGGCCUGGCCCUGCCCAUGACCCCCCUGCCGCUGGGCCUGAGCCAGCCGUCCCUCCCCGCCGUCACCACCUCCUCCGGUCUCUUCUCCCUCUCCUCCCUGCUGGCCUCCCAAGCCCAGCUGGCCAAGGAGGAGAAAGCGUCACGCGAAGGAGUCGACAGCCACCGCGAGGAGGACGGCGACAAGUCCGAUUAGGUGGUGUCCCCAUUCAGCUCUGUUUUUGUCCAGAGACCUGAGCCCCCCUUGGCCUACAGCCUCUCCCCUGGUCUCCCUCUCUCUGACCUUAGCUAACAUGGGCUUCAAUCCCAUCAACACAGCUCCAGCUAACCAGCUCCCUUUACUGGGAGGGCUUUGGCACCUGCCCCUUAUGUCAGACUAGUCCUGAUCGCUUCAUAUUUACCACACAUGGGUUGUUUCUUUAUCCUCUCUUCAGAGUGUCUCCUGUGUCUUCAAAUACUGUCUCUUUUUUUGAAUGUGAUUAAGCUUCAGUUAUUUUAUGUUUAUUUUUUUUUUUUAUCAGGACUGCUUUCUAUUUCUGCUCCUUCCUACCUUCCUGUCGCUCUCUCUCUCUCUCUCUCAAUUCUUAUUCCUGUUUAGUUUCUGUUUUUUUUUUUCGCUUCCUCCCACUCUCACCCACCUCUCACCUCUGCUCUAAGCGGGUCCUUGUUACGCAGGUCUGAUCUGUGACACUGAAUGCACCGCGCUGUAGGUGUUAAAACAGGCUACACGUUAAACACAGGGAUUUGUUGGCAAGCUGUUACACUUGUCAGACGCAACACAGGAUUCCUACAAACUUCAUUUUCCUAACAAAGAGGUCUGACACCGAUCAGUAGUGUUGAUAUUUUUUUGGCAGUAGCAGAUUGCAUGCAUUCAUUCCAAGCUACAAGUUGGCUUUGAGUUUAAACGGUGGGUUGUUAUGGAUCAGCGAAGUGUUUCAAUAGUGUUCCGGUUAAAGAGAGUAACAUCCCACACACACACACGUCCGGACCAAAAACUGCUGCUUUCAGAGCAGAAUUGUUGUAUUGAGAAGACAUCUCCAGUUGACGAACUAGAGAUUUUGUGUAUAAUCCUAAAUUUAUAUUGAGAAAGGAAAAAGCACCUUCUUAGAGCAACCUUCACGCUGAGAGCUGUCAGGAGUAGAUAACAAACCCACCUUAGUAAGUAAUCCCCCCCCUACUUACGAUCCUCGCCUGACCCUGUGAGGUAGAUAAAUCCAACCAGCACCUUAACUGAAAGGCAACAUCUUCUUCAGUCGUUAAAUAAACAGAGAUGCCGCUUGACUCCUGCACCCUCCUGCCACCUUUUGCAUCUUUAAUGUGCACUAAUAUUAGAGCAGGCGCAGAGGGGAGAGAGUGUGCAUGUUGUGUGUUUGACAGCAGAGGGCAGUGUGUGUCUUCCUCCUCUCUGGGUUCAAAAAGCAGAACAAGGACAGGACAAUGACAGAGUACAGGCUGCGUCACAACGGGGAAUGGCUUAAUAAAGUUAAUAUACAGAGACUAGACUGGUGACAUUAAUCUCUGCAUGCGGUCAGUCCCAGUUUCUGUCAUGAUCCAGUUCUUGAGAAAUGGUUUAAGGAACAAUACAACUGGACCUGUGCUUUUGACCCCUCUGUGAAUUCAGAUUUAAAUACUGUACAUUUCGAUUCACUAUACAUAUACAGGUCUGUCACGUAUCAGACUAACACUACACUAUACAGGCAAUUUAACACCUAUGGGAAAUCUCCAUGACCUAACAAAAUGAUAUCAGAUCACACAGAUGAAGCACAAGCGUCCUCUAAAGCUGCUCCGAUGAGUAAAAACUCCCCCUCAGCCUCACAGGACCUGUUUUCAAUUAGCUUGUCUGAUUAGGCCUCUCGUCAGGUGGAAGUUGGCUGAAACUAUGCCGGUAAUAAUGUGAUGUCACCAAACUCAAGGGAACUUUAUAGCGCCCUCAAAAAUUCCCACAUUCCUGGAGGCCGGUUGGUUAACACGCGUAACAUAUAAU